AUGGCAACUGUAUCAUCAUCACCAACAAGAGAGGAAGAGUCUAUGAGGCCUUCUUCCAACAGUAUUAUAGAGGAGAAGGAAAACGGAACAAGCGAAGGUUUGAUCUCAGACAAUUUUGAUAACGAAGCUGAACCUUGUUCGAAGUUAUUAAUUGGCAACAAGAGGAACAACAACAUUGCAGAACAGCAUACGAGCAAAUUAUCAACCAUGAUUAAAGGGGAAGGAACAUUUGGAGAACAACCUCCCGAAGAUGACUAUGUUGUUAUCGAGAAGAGGUCUGUACAAGAAAUAGGUGAAAGCACUUCCUCAUCCUCUUCUUGUCCUUUGGAUACCGAAACAUGUAUUUCCCUUUCAUCUUCUUUCUCAUCUCCUCCUUCAAGUUUUCAAAGAAUACCAGCUUCUCUUUCAACUCCGAGCAGUGUACCUAAUAGCUCAAUCCCUUCCUCCGAUAGGUCGUCGGUGAGGGAUGAUUUAAUUGUAUCUUCUCUCAGCUCUGCAUUUUCUCCAACAGGCGUGAGUGGUAUUAACUCAGAUUUUGUUGCGAACUCUCCAUCACACAACACUCGAACCGAACCAAAAGUGGCACAUGACGCUGAUGAACCUCCAAUAACUGAAGAACCUGUAGUUAUCAAGAACAAUUCAUCAGUUGUUCCUGUAUUUUUAAAUCAAGACAACUUUGAAGCUCUCGAAGAAAACAUUAGAAAGCUAAAAGAAAAUGUAAAAGAGUAUGAUGACUUUACGAUAUCUACAACCAAUACAGGCUCUGACACUAUCAUCAAAGCAAACUAUUUUAUACCGCCUGCUAAAAAGAAGGAAGAGAACACCACCAAAACGGAUGAUUUGAAAACAAUAUUGCCAAAUGUGGGUGCUGUUCCUUCCUGGGUCGCAGAACUAAGAAGUGCAUGGGAUGAUGAAAUUACAACAAUGGAUCAAUCGAAAAGAGAAUACUUUUUAAAAUUUGCAGAUAAUGAUACAGAUGAUGAUGUUGAAGAGAACGACGAAAAUGGUGUAAGCUCGAAAAGAAACACCAAAAUUAGAAAACACAUGAAGCAGUUUAUCCAAGAAAAAGAAGAUUCAAGCUCAAAAAAGUAUUUCUUGGGAAAUGAAUCAAAUUCUCCUAUUAACAAGGAAAACAAACCAAAAUCUUCACCACCAGUUUCUAUCAAAAACAAAGCAGCUAUUAGCAAGCCAUCUGAAGGCUUUGCUAUCUCUGAAAGUUUUGUUUCUAACUCAAGAUUAAUAGACUCACUUGCCACAAAUGAAUUUGAUAUAAGCUUGAGCUCUUUUAGAGAGGAGCCUAAUGAAGUCCAGUCCACAACAUCGUUCAUAUUCAGAAAAGACAGCAUGCACAGUCCUCUAACGGACAUGUCUACAAAGCCCUUGUUUGCAGAAGACAGAUUUAAACCAAAAUCUCCUACUACUCCAACUGAACCCUUGUCACCAACAAAGCAGAGAAGACAAACAUUUCUUACUAACAACUCUGAAAUGAAGCACUUCCAGCCCAAGAGAGACAACCUUCUCAAGAAGUUAUUCACAUCAAAUCCUAAGAAACGUACCGAAGAUGAUUGGAAGGACGAACUGGUUAAGUAUGAACAAAGACUUUGUAACUAUCUUAAAGAGAGCAAACAAGUUAUCAAAGAUUUGAGGAAACGACAGGAUGUGGAAUAUGAAAAGAUUCAACAAGAAUAUUCAUUUAUUCAAAGAUGCCACGAUUCUAAACUACUUCAAAUAUAUAAGGACUUGGCCAGAUGCAAACUAAUUCGGCUAAAGCAAAGAAGAGAGCUUGAAAAGGGAUGCAAAAAGGUUCUGAAGGAGAAGAUUGAUACCAUCCGAGACAUUUUGUUGCAACAGACUCAACAUUUAAAACAACAUCAAGUCGAACAAGGUGGAGAUAUUACGAUCAAGUGUUACAACUUGUUACCUCAUUUCGUAAAACAAGAAGCUUUCUACAAAGAGGUUGACGAACUUUUAAGCGAAAACGAAGUACUUUGUGCACAAUGGAAUGAGAUCUCUCUAUUAGAACAGCUUUCUAAGGAUUUAUCAGAAAAGUUUUUACAAAUGAAGAAGGACAGUGGAAUUACAAAGAAAGUUAUACAAAAGAAAGAUGUGACAAUCAAGCUUAAAUCAAUUUUGAAACGAUACAUUGAAGAGCCAGCACUUCCAUUAUGCAACUUUCAUUUACUAUCGGAUACUAACAACUUCAAAGAUCCGAAUUUGGAUGAUCAGAUUUGGCAAUCAUGUAUUCAUUGUAUAGAAAAUGACCAAAGAUUGGAGAUUGAACAGGAAUUCUUUGAUUUGAUUGCAGACCAAAGAACAGAAGAAGGUCAAUCACUUCGAACAUUUGUUAAGGAAAUUAACAAUGUUGGUUUAGAAAAGAUAUCUCCAUCUGAAAUUGUGGACUAUGUAUCAAGCUUUGUAGAUUACUUGAGCACUAGACAUUCUAUUACGCUAGACAUUGAAAAACAAGUUCUUGUGAGAUUACUAUCUAGACUCAUUUACAAUGAAUUUGGUUUAGGCGUAAAGCUUCAAAAAAUUGAAGUUGAAGCUCACUCUGCAGAAAAUCUCAAAUUUCAAAAACAAGCCAAUCUAUUGAAGCAGCUGACGCCAAAUCAGCUCGGAGUCGCCAACAAAUUUUUGCCAUUAAGGGUAAAGUUUACAGGAAAACAGAAUUCCAUUAAGGAGAUGAUUCACAAAAUUAGUCAAACACCGUUUUAUGACCCAGUCACCACUCUUAGCUAUCUGAAUUAUUACGUGUCUCCAAUGGAUAUGUUACACUGUGUCUAUUCUUGCGCAAGACAAAUACACAUUAUCGCGAAAGAUAAUUGUACACAAAGAGGAAAAGAGUUCUCAUUUGGAGCAGACGAGUUUUUCCCAAUUUUGGUUUACGUGGUGGUCCAUUCCCACCUUCCUAACAUUCAUUCUGCCUUGUCCUAUUUAUCAAAGUUUGCUUCUCAAUCCAGAAACAGUGAAGUUGUAUAUUACUUGACUUGUCUAGAGGGAGCAGUCAUGUACGUUCAAGAAAUCACUCCGGAAGAUAUCCAAGAAUUAACCAAGGAUGAAGAAAUGCUUGACAAGGAGCACCCAUCUUCUCCUAGACAAAAGAAUCUUCAUGACUCGCCGCAAGUAACUGAUUCCAUGGAAAGUGAGGACAUUUCGUAA